GACGUUAGACUAAGGUAGUCGCACGCAAAAGUGCAGUCUAUACAAAUCAAGCUUUCACUGACCGGCUUUCGCGAAUUAUUCGACCGCGAGAUCAAUGAACGGGUUUUUUUUGCGCAAUCGGUCGUGACAGAAAAAUUUUCUGCUAUUGCAGUUCAAUCGUGCGCAACGACAACACAAGUAACUACCUAGUAGACGGGCUUUUGUUCUCGAACGAUUUAGAGCACUAAAAACAGUGACACGAGACGAUUAAACAAUCGUCAUCAUCUCUUGAUCAGUGCAGCAACGUUUCACGCAGCUGAAUUAGUUGGAUUUAGUUUCUUGGUUCGCAAAGAAUGAAGUUUGGACGUCUACUCAUUUUCGUGGCUUUAAAGCUUGCGGCCGUUCUUAGUGUUAAACAAGAUGAUCUGAUUAUCGCUGUCGGCGAUAAACUAGAGUUUCUCAAAGAUGGAAGCACAUACCAAACACUGGCGCUGGAUUCCUACAAUGCGUCAAAAUUUUCGGCCCUCGCUUACGAUGCCACGACACAAAAACUCUUUUUCUCCGACAUCCGACAUCGUCAUGGUCACAUAUUCAGUGUCAGCCUCGAUAGUGAAUCUCGCCGUAAUGUUGAAGACAUCGUAGAAAAAAAGAGUAACGAAACUGUUGAGAGCCUGACGUAUGAUCCAGUGGAUAAUGUUUUGCUGUGGACUGAUGGAUUAAAUAAAUCCAUUCGUCGUAUCCGGAUUGACCAUGACCGAGUUCACUCAGAUGAAAAGGCCGGUGUUGAGGUAGUCCACUUUUUGGAAUACGAUGCUAAACCACGUGGGUUGGUUUCUGAUCCCUGCACGAGAAUGAUGUACUGGACAAACAUUCACAAUUCUCAUCCAUCUAUUGAACGUUCGUUUCUCAACGGAAGUCACCGUGAAAUUGUUGUCAAAACCGAAUUGUUACUGCCAAAUUCUCUAGAUCUAGACGUGAUGGAACAGAGACUGUACUGGGCUGAGAGUUUGCCUAAUGGAUAUUUCCAUAUUGAAAGAAGUUUCGUGAACGGAACGGGAAGACACGAAAUCUAUCGGGGUACCGGGCAAUUUGUCGUCAACCUCGCGGUGGGGGUUGACUAUGUUUACUGGAGCGAUUACGAUCAUAAGAAACUCUGGUUUCUCAGAAAAGACGGAUCAUCAAAGCGACCCUUAAGUCUGGGAACAUUUCGUAAUCCUGUCAUGAGUGUAGUGCUAUUUCGUCGUCAACCAAUAGAUUGCUGUCUGGUUUCCUCAUCAGAAACUUGUCAGCCAACAAAAGAAGUUAUCGUUAAGAGCCAGCCUGAGGUAAUUCUAGAAUCGACGUCAUCCAGACCCGACGAUGUUGAUAUUUGUACAGGUUUUUGCUAUCACAACGGUGAUUGUACUAUUCUCUUGAAUUCCGUUUUGCGCUGCAGUUGCCCAGUUGGAUUCAGUGGCGAUCAGUGUGAAUUACUCGAUGGUCAAUCAGAUGCGUGGUCAUAUGAUGACCCAGAAGUAGAAGAAAUGGACAGAGAAAAUGAGACAAUGACUCUUGAUCAGAUGUCAUCGUCAUUUGAAACGAUAGCUAAAACAUGCAUACCCAUCACUUGCUUCGUUUUAAUAGCAAUUGUUGCCAUCGUCAAACUCCGAUUAUUCGCUACCAUUUUCGAGUUUCUGCGAAGAGAUAAGGACGACAAUGCUGCGGUCGUACAAAAUAUGGAAAAUUGCUACAAAAUGUGUGAAAGGCCGUUUCCGCAACUUCAAGCCGUAAACGCUCCGAUGCCGGACAAUAAUUGGAAACAAAGUGGUGACCGUGCUACCUUAAUUGAGAACGAAUUUUGAAAUGAGAGAAGAGCUCUCAAUGCAAAUUGUACAUAUUUAUUGGGUCGGUGAAUUAUUUAAACUGUUUAUGCCGUACAUUACGGUAUAAUUUGUGUACUAGUGCUGUAAAUGACGCACUCAAUAAUGACGUCUAUUCGCGUCUAUUGAUUAUGUAAUUCCCCUUUUGAAAAAUGUAAAUCAAAUAAUUUUUUUAAUUUUAUGACUUCUUUGCAGACACGUUUCAUUUUCUUUUGAUUCAAUUGUUGAAGACAAGCAAUCAUCAUACAAUGCCAAUUUACCAUACAAAGCGUUUGGCUUGCAACACUUUUGAAACAUACGAUAGGCCUAGUAAUCGAUUAUUUACUCGGCAUUCCUUGCUCACAAGGUUUUAAUUUUAAGUCGACAAAGAUCCUGUUGUGUGCACUGUUUACUAUUAGAACUACACAGUUAUUUUUAUCUUUUGUUCAAUAAAUGCGGAUCAGACGUUA